ACCGUCUCCUGAAACUUCACUGUUCUUCAUAUGUUGACAACAACAAAAAGUCACUUAGGGGAGAUACUCACUCCGAAACAGGCGCCAGAUUUUCUGCGCAAGGACAAACCGAUCCAAGUCUUUGUCCAUCUGUGAGGUUGUCUUCACCUGUCCACUAUCUGGAGGAUCUGCGGCUUCGGACUGCGAUAUUAUCUCCCAUUGUAUUUGCCGAAUCUGUUUCAGAGCAUCAAAUGAGACCAAAUGUUCCUCAACGGCCAAGCGGCUAGACAAUCAUAGCGUUCACGGCCAGUCCGAAUGAUGAGAUUUGAAGUCAAAGACAUAUACCUCGGUGUUCGAACAUCCAACCGCAUAUUUUUGACGAUCAGGUUGUGAUAUUCAGGCCGGUACCUCGCAUCAGCUGGCUUAGUUGUUGACGUUGAUGCUCCGGGCCCACGUCCACUUGCCGACCCCUCCUUCCGAGCGGCAGACAGGCGGGCAAGAGAUUCCCCGCAACCCCCGCUGCCGACCGCCGGCCCCCAGGUACGGACCUGCGUCACCGGCUUCAACAAGCCGAUGAUACUACCACAGUACUCGUGCAUUGCAGCUGUCAAGUCAUCAAGCUUGUAUUUCAUUCUAUCCGUAUUCUUCUUUCUAUUCUUCCCUUCUGCAUCUUACACUCAAUGUCCAUCUCCCUCAAACAUCUCUUCCGUAGUUCACUACCACACCGGCUAUCAUCCUCUUACACACGACUUACACGACUUCCGUCGUCACCACUCACCAACACCACCAGAUCACUCACCACCACCCCACCCACCAAAAUGCGUCUCCCCUACAUCCCCAACCCCCCACCCACCUCUUCGGACGCCGAACAAGCCAUCGUCGACCGCAUCACCGCCCGCCGCGCCCCCCGUCCCCUCCAACCCUUGGACCUGACCCUGCUCCACUCCCCGCCCGUCGCCGACGGCUGGAACUCCUUCCUGGGCGCCAUCCGCACGCAAACCCUUCUUCCCGCCGACGAGCGCGAGCUAGCCAUUUCCCGCGUGGCCGUCUGCAACGGCGCCUGGUACGAGUGGCACCACCAUGCGCCCCUGGCCGUUCAGGCGGGCGUCAGCGAGGGCGAGGAUGGUCUGGGCGUGGUCAAGAGGCAGGAACCGCUGCUGAUUGAGGAAGGGGACCAGAAGAAGGGAGGGUUGAACGAGAGGCAGUGGGCGGCGGUGUGCUUGACGGAUGAGAUGACGAGGAAUGUCAAGGUGCGGGAUGAGACGUUUGAGAGGGUUAGAGAGUUGUUUAGCGAGAGGGAGGUGGUGGAGUUGACUGCGAUUAUCGCUUGCUACAACUGCGUGAGCCGUUUCCUUGUUGCGCUGGAUGUUGGAGAGAGAAACGGCACUGGUCCGGACGAUGCGGCUCACUGAUAAGGGCGAUAUAUCCUGGUGAUAGUGGUGCUCCCUGAACAGUACAAAUUGAACAAUGUGAUGACCGUCAACCUCAGUGGACCUUACAUACUGUUUGCUUCUCGCAAACUGAUCUGGUGCAUUUAGAAUUCUUCCUUUAUUCACCAACACUUUUAUAACUAAAC